CACUUACAGAAACACAAACACAAUGAUAGCUUCAGUAAAUUGUUUAAUUCUAGGAGAAGCUUCUGAUAAUAAUUUCAACGUUGUCGUUGGCGAAGUAUACACCAAUGAUGAUAAAAUUGAUGUAGCCUUUGAUCAAUUUACUGUUUCAAACUUCAAAGAGCUUCUCUUUCGUAGGAAAAAAGUAAAAAAGGUAGUUCAAGAUCCUGACAAUCUUGAAAGAAAAAGGAAAGCGGUCCAAGAUGUCAGUGAUGAAGUUCUUGAAAAACUUAUAAAGAGACCUAGGUUUACAAUUCCAGAAAUUGGAUCUCUUUCAGAAUUCCUUGAUAGGGAACUCCCCGAAGAUAUUAAGAUACCUAUCUCCCAAAAUGAAAUUGAUAUGUUACAAUCAAGAAAUAUCACAGAUCCCUGCAGUCUAGAUAAUCUUAGAGCCUUAUUCCGAGUUAGUGAUACUGAAAGCGCCACCGGUUUCUGUGUUCGUGCGAUAUUCUCACCUAUCUUAAAGGAUAAAAUUCCUCCAGAUGAUGGAACCGAAUAUUCCUUUGUUGGAUUAUGGGACACUUGCAUUAGAGACCUUUUGGAAUAUCUCGUUCCCGACGGUGUAUCUAUUCGAAAUAGUAGUAAAUACACGAGUACGAGAGAUGAUCGACCUGACUAUGGUCUAAUCCUUAAUAAUGUUUGCUCAUUUAGGGGAGAGGAAAAAUCAUCUGCCAGCACUGAGGAUCAAAAAUCAGAACUUGGGAGAAAACUUUUAUGGACCUAUGAUCCAGCUCCAUAUGUCUUAGGUUACUAUACCCAUGGACCUCAAGUAACGUUCGUUGCCAUUUGCCGACCUGUAGAAGGUUAUGCUAUACCAGAUGUUGUUGACAUCGUGCAAUCAAACUUAAAGCUCAGGAGGGAACGUGUCCGUCAUCUGCUAAGAAUAAUCAAUUUAAGCUGUAUUAUUAAUGCGCUUCAGCCAGUAAUUGGAAGACGUGGAAUACCCGAGUUCAAAACAGUAUAUAGAACAAAUCGUACGAUCGAAAUGCGUGGUACAGGUGUUAAAAAAACCUAUACUUACGAAGAUGUCGGAAUUCGCGUUCAAAAGCUCGUUAAUAUUUAUGAAAAAUUGGUUAGGAAAGGAGUACCUAAUAUUGAUCAUCUUAAUUGUUACAACAAAGAAAGCGGUGUAGUGCAUCUUUCUCCAAAUGGAAAACAAGUUGUACCAAACAAUCAGCAGGAAUUGUUUGAAGCUAUUAUCUGUGUUCUGGAGGCGCUUGUGGUUUUACAUGAUGAUAAUGAUCCUAUAUAUCAUCGGGAUAUCCGGUGGGAUAAUAUUAUUCGACGAUAUGAUGAUCCAUCAAAAUGGUUUCUUAUAGAUUGGGAUGAUGCCACUGGGUAUCCAAAUAGUCCGGCGAUGCAUCUUACAACCGAGGAACAUGCUCCGGAAGUAUUUACCAGAAAUCAUCGUGGUGAAGUUGAUAUAUGGGGUGUAGGGAAAUUAAUUAAGAAUGCAAGCAUUUGGAUCACUAAUCUUUCAGAAAAAAUCACUGAAUUUGGGGAUCUUUUGCUAAGUCAAGAUAGUAAAGAGAGGCCAUCUGCUAAGAAGGCUCUGAAUAAAUUUAAAAAGAUUAAGAAGAAAAUUCUUAAAAAGCAAGUGAGAUAA